AUGGAGAGUCCAUCAGGAAGCGGCUUGAGCAUCGCCGAGAUAGAUGCACUCUCGCUCGAUGAAUUACGCUUGAAGCUGGAAGAUAUUAAAAAAUCCACGAAGGGUUCCAGAGCUGUCUUGGUGGAGAGACUCCGCAAGGCCUUGAAGGGGCCAGGUGACAAAGACAAAAACAAAGAGAGCACAAGUUCAACUGAUAAAAAUUCAAAUGACAAAACAGAUGAGUCUGAUAGUCAAAGUGAUGGAGUAGAUGAUCGCUUUAUUGACGAAAUGUCGAAGUUGCAGCUCAAGGAUGAAUUAAAGAAGCGUGGGUUGAGCAGGUGUGGCCGAAGCGCAGAAUUACGUGAGAGAUUACGCAAGGCCUACUUAACCCAAGUGACGUCAUCAGAAGAGGAUGAAAGUGACGACGAUGAUCGCCGACCAAGAAGAAUGGCGAGAAACAAUAGAGAAGAUGAAAAGCCGCUGGUCCGGUUAGACGAAGUAAUGGAGUCGCUGGAAAAAUUCAGUGGUGAAAAGGGAGAAAAUCUUAAGCAGUGGCUUGAUAGAUUUUUACAGUUAGCAGAAGAGUAUAGGUGGUCUGACCUAUACAAAAAAAUAUAUGCUGAACGGCUAUUACAAGGUGCGGCCUUAUUAUUCAUGAAAAGUGUCCACGCGAAGACUUGGGCGAGGUGGAAAGAACUCCUGAUGGAGGAAUUUGCUGAUUCGAUGGAUAGCGGAAAGGUGCACCAGCAAUUAGCCACAAUAGAUAAGAAGAAAGACGAGACGUAUUUGGCGUAUGUGUAUCGCGCAUCAGAGAUUGCGAGUCACGCGCCUGGAAUAGAGACCUCGGUGAUAAUCAGAUAUAUUAUCGCAGGGAUAAAAGACGACGAGGCGCAUAAAGCGGUGCUGUAUGGCGCAAAAACUAUUAAAGAGUUAAGAGAAAAGAUUAAACUGUAUGAAGAAUUAAAGACAAACAGUCAAAAGAGCAAAGUACAAAAGAAAGUGCUGGAAAACGAAAAGACGAAGAAAACGAAUGUGGAAGAUGAGAAGAACGAAGAUAGAAGAAUGAAAAGUUGUUAUGGGUGUGGCAAUGUAGGGCAUCGAGCCAUAGAUUGCCCAGAAAAAAGCAAAGGGAGAAAGUGCUUUAGGUGUCAUGAAUUUGGACAUAUCGGAAUAGAGUGUAAAAAAGUUGUCGAUAACAAGAGUGACGAGGCUAAGCCCAAGGUCCGCGUGGACAAGCUAGAUCAAACCGACAGAAAGACAUAUAAAGACGUCACAGUGUUGGGACAGUCGGUCAAAGCAAUAAUUGAUUCCGGAAGUGAUUUACAUAUUGCCCGAGCCAGCUUGUAUGUUCGCCUUGGCGCACCGCCGCUAGAACAAAAGAAGUUAAUUUUUAGUGGCAUGGGAUCAUCUAACAUGUGUACGUUAGGUCGAUUCAAAACGAAUGUGGAAAUAGAUGGUUUUUGUUUUCCUUUAAAUAUCGACAUUGUCCCUGAUGAGUGGAUGGGAUAUGAUUUCUUGAUCGGUGGAGAGUUGUCUGAAUUAGCAGAAAUAAGUUGGAUGAAUUGA